AUGACAAUCACACAGACGAGCGUCAUGAACGGUCAUCACACCUCGAACGGCUAUCACUUAGACGACAACGUGAAGGCUGUAAAGCCAGUUCAGUCCAAAGACAAUGGCUUAGAUCUCACCGUACUCGGCAUGAACAGUGGAACUUGCUUAGACGGCAUCGAUUGCGCACUCGUCAGAUACCGACAGGAGGCUCCAGACGCACCACUUCACAUGGAAUUGCUAUACUAUGACGAAAUACCCGUGCCCGAGUGGAUCAAGUCACCCAUAUUGAAGAUGCUUCGCGAGACCAAGACAACACCUUCCCAGAUGUCCCAAAUCAAUGUCCAGUUAGGCAUGAUGUUCGCGGAAGCUGUCGACACCUUCUGCGACAAACACGGUGUAGCGAAGAGCAGCAUCGACCUCAUUGGCUCUCACGGUCAAACCAUAUGGCUACUUUCCAUGCCUCGAAAAGACGAAACAAGGUCCGCCUUGUGUAUGGGAGAGGGCACAGUCAUGGCAUCACUCACCGGUAUCACAUCUGUGACCGACUUCCGGAUGGCCGAACAAGCCGUCGGUCGUCAAGGAGCACCCCUAGUCGCCUUGAUCGACGGCUUGCUCCUGCAUCACCCUACAAAGUGGCGGAUCUGUCAGAACAUCGGAGGCAUCGCCAACCUCUGCAUCAUCCCUCCAGAUUCAGAGGGAGGCGUUGACGCGAUGAUUGAUUGGGAUUGUGGACCAGGUAACAUGUUCAUCGACAACGCCAUGCGUUACUUCACCAAUGGCAAACAAGAAUACGAUCGUGACGGUGAAUGGGGUGCUCAAGGUACUGUCGACCAGUCAAUUGUGGAUUGCUUCCUCAACAGCAACUGGUACGUCAACCAUGCUCCACCAAAGACAACUGGUCGUGAGACGUUCGGCGACAAUGAAGGCCAGCAGCUGGUCACGCAGUGUUUGAACAAGGGACUCUCGAAGUACGACACCAUCGCUACCAUAACACGCAUCACGGCCGAGAACAUCAUUUGGCAGUACAAGACCUUCUUCCGGGACUGGAAAAAGAUUGACGAGGUCUUUAUGUGUGGAGGUGGAGCUCGGAAUCCUAACAUCAUCCGAUAUCUGCAACAGCAACUGCCAAAUGUUCACAUUCGAGCUCUAGAUGAGACGGGUGUGCCUAGCGAUGCCAAAGAAGCGAUCAGUUUCGCCCAGCAGGCCGUCGAGGCUGUUUUGGGGCGGGCUGCAUUGGUGCCUAUCAACAGUGAUAGUCUUACACCCAACACUAUCAGCGGCAAGAUCGCGCCAGGGUUGAAGUGGCGGUCUUUGAUGAAGAUGUGCUGCGACUUCGGUGCAGGACAGCCAUUACCUACUGUCAAGAAUAUGGUGGUGGAUAAGCCGUACACGAAGUGGAUGUCGAUGCCAGGUGUUUACACGGCGAAGUCAUAG